AUGGUAUCAGUAGUGGAAUUUUUUGCGGUGAUUAUUCCUCAAACCAUUCAGUUACAGACUUUAUUUGAAGAAAUCGAUAAAGAUGUUGACAUCCAGGAACUGAAAGCUAAGUUGUUAUCUUCAGAACCAGUGAAGAAGGGAUUUAUUCUGAAAGAUGACCGUGUGUGGUACAAGAAUAGAUUGUUGAUUCCUCAGAGUUCAUCGAUGAUACCGUUGAUUCUACAUGAGUUUCAUGAUGCUUUUAUGGGUGGUCAUUCGGGUGUUCUAAAGACCUUGAAGCGAAUACAAGGUCUGUUACAACCACUUCCGAUUCCAGACAAAAUAUGGAAAGAUAUUAGUCUUGACUUUGUCGAAGAGCUACCGUCUUCAAAUGGAAUUAACGUGAUAUUGGUUGUGGUCGAUCGGUUGAGCAAGUACAGCCACUUUAUUGGACUAAAACAUCCGUUCACUGCAACCAAGGUUGCUUCCAAGUUCAUUUCUGAGAUAGUUCGGCUACACGGUUUCCUCAGACCGGGAUUGGAUAUUCUUGAAACGACUCCUUUUCAUGUGGUGUAUGGACGUGAACCACCAACCUUGCUGUUUUUUGAAGAAGGUUCAACGGCUAACUUUGAGUUAGAAAAGGCUCUGAGAGAACGUGACACGAUGUUGACACAGAUUAAGGAACAAUUGACUCGUGCUCAGGACAUGAUGAAAUCAUAUGCAGAUAAACAUAGAAGAGACGUUUCUUUUGAGAUGGGAGAUAUGGUUUAUCUGAAACUUCAACCCUAUAGACAGCAUUCAGUCACGAGGAGGUUGUGUCAAAAAUUGGCGGCCAGAUUUUAUGGUCCAUUUGAAGUGAUUGAGAAGAUUGGCAAAGCUGCAUACAGAUUGAAAUUACCAGCUUCUUCCAAGAUUCAUCCGGUAUUUCAUGUGUCUCAGUUAAAGGCAGCCAUUGGUUCGCAAAACACUGUAACUGCAUUACCGGAGACAUUCACGGAUGCGGGAGAGUUUGUGUUGGAACCGGAUGCAGUGUUGGAGACACGUUUUGAUAAGCACGGUGGAUUGGAACUGCUUAUUACUUGGAAGGAUCUUCCUCAACAUGAGGCGACUUGGUUUUCUGUUCGGGAGUUUGAACGAUCUUACCCAACUUUUGCGCUUGAGGACACGCUGCAUCUUAAAGGGGCGGGUAUUGAUAGGUUCCACGGUAGGGUCUAUGAGAGACAGAGGAAAAAGAAUCUUGCAAACGUGGAUGGAGAAAAUGGCAAAGGAGAAGAGAAGAAAGUCAAAGUGUCAAGUUGA